AUGAUCAACGAGAUCAGGCGCCUGCUGGAGCUAGCAUGGUCGCGCCUGGCCUCGCUGCUCCAGGGCGCGCCGCCAGGGUCGCUGCAGCUCACAGGCGUCCUCGGCCUUGCGGCCCUGCUCGCUGGCUGGUACCACCUGCGUGGCGGCGCUGCACCGCCCCGGCCGCCGGCGGGCAGUAGCAGCAGGGCCGCCGCAGGACGAGGCAGCACCAGCAGCAGCACUAACCAUGUCGCGCAGGAGGACCGUGCUGCCAGGCAACAGCAGCAGCAUCAGCAGCAAGCUGGGUCCGAUUUUGGAUGGCCGGCCCAGCAGCAGCAGCCGCAGCAGCAGCACGCCGCGCCCGCGCCCAAGCGCGCUCCCGGCGCCCAAGCCGCGCCCGCCGCGCGGGGCGGCGCCCACCCCGCCGCCGCCCGCUCGCCGCUCGCCGCGGCCGUCCGCGCGCACCUCGCCGGCGUCAAGCGCGUGACGCUCUCCGCGCCGGGCGUGCUGCUCGAGCAGUGGGAGGCGUCGGAGCUGUCAGAGGCAGCUUCCGCGCGUGCCGAGGCAGCUGCCGUGCUGCGCGAGAUCGCGCGCGCCGCGGACGUGUACCUCAUCGCGCACGUCCCCGACGACCUCGCCGCCGCGAUCCUCGCGGGCGCCCUCGAGGCGGCCGGCGUCGUCGGCCACGGCCCCGGCCAGGUGCCGCCCCAGCGGCUGCUGCUCUGCGGCACCGCGGACGGGAAGGUGUCGGUGGUGCGGCAGCUCGAGCCGGAGCUGCACAUCGACGCGAGCGCGCGCACCGUCGGGGACCUCUCGCGCUUCGUGCCGCAGCUGCUGCUCAUCGCGCGGCCGGGCGAGGGCGUGCCCGCGGUGGCGGCGGCGGCGAACGUCGAGGCGGCGGCGUCGCUGGCCGUGUUCUUCAAUCCGGGCGGGGCGGCCGGGCCCGCCAGCAGCUGA